CCUCAUCCACUGUAACUGUCUGAUGCUGAGAAAGGUGACGUUAUCAGUGAAGGAGCCCCUAUUUUUUAUGAAUGGAGUCUUUCGAUAUGGGAUGUGCAUCUUGGCUGAGGCCCUAAAGCCACAUUAUACAUCCUCCCUCCCUCUCAACCUGCACUGCAGAACUUUUUUCCAGUCUUCAUGAACACUCUGACAAAAGUGCCUGAGUCUGCAUACACGCCCCUUGUCAGGAGAAGGGGGAGAAGGAGGAGGGUGAGGCAGAGAGGAGGAGUUAAUGUGGGUUGUUGGUGGAGAAAGGGGGGAAAUAAGAGGGACGUGGAGGCAGGUGAGGGAGAGGAAAUAGAGAGAUGAGGAGAGAGGAAGUUGGCGAGUAUCCAACAGAGAGGAUGAGGAAAAGUUGUGACACAGCUGGAGAGAAAAGAUUUACCUCACUGGAGCUUUGCUGUGGAGGUAUGAGAGCACCAGCUUCUCCAUGUCUGCCUGUCUGUCUGUCUUUGCCUUUCUUUCUGCUUGUCUCCACCUCUCUUCUUUCUAAUUGUCUUUCAUCCUGGCUGGUGCUGCAAUGUGGCUGUGUCUGCAGUGAAAGUGCUUGCUGGCAGAUUCUCCUUGAGUGAACCCUGACUACGCAGUGAGCGUUUGCCCCUCUUCCUGUGUCCUGUCCACACUGACUCAGCUGUACGGGCAGCCGGCUGGCCCCUCAUUGAGCACCAGCUGCAGAAGCAGCAUAUCAGAGAGGCUGAAGUGUGUUAAGGGAUAUUCCACCAGAUACGCAAGUGAGAGCUGGAUCCUGCGGCACCAUUUGUUUUGGGGCAAAGCUUGCUGCCAUGGAGGUCCGGUGGAUUGGGGUUGAACAUCUGAGGCAGGACCCUCCACAUGCAGCCUUCAGCUUUAUCUUCUCUUUGCUGCUUGGUGCGUGGUCUGCUCAGGCCCUGGAGAUGUCUGUGGGAAAAAUCCCCUUCCUGGAAGCAGUCAAUGGCAGCACAGUCAUGUUGCCUUGUACAUACGCCAGUUGCAUUGGAAUAAAAAAUCUCUACUUCAGCUGGCAAUUCAAUGACAAUGGAACCAUGCAGAAGAUCUGUGACUCAGUGAUACCAACAGAGGAUGCAAAGCCUGACGUAAAAAAAUAUAAAGAAUAUAAUGAGCGAGUGGAGUUCGUGGGAAAGAACAUUAAAAACAACAUCUCUAUCGUGCUGUGGAACAUCACCUUCGAGGAUGGAGGCCAGUACAUUUGUUUUGGACGCAAUCCAAAAGAGAAGGACAAGAACCACAGUGCCAUUUUCAACCUCAUUGUGGUUGAUGAAUUGAGGGUGGUGGACAACACGCUGACCAUCAUCAUAGCCUCAGCUGUAGGUGGAGCCAUUGCGUUGCUGAUGGGCUUCAUGUUGCUCAAGAACUUGACACUCUUUGUUCUUGCCAAGCUUGAGGAGAAAAAUAAGGAGUGCCUUGUAUCUUCAUCAGGGAUUGACAACACAGAAAAUGGCCUUUCAGGAUCCAAAGCUGACUCAAAACCAACACCAAAAAAGAAAUGAGACUGUGCAUGUAGAACAACAUGAGCACUCAGAUCUUAUUUGCAUAUAUCUGCAUAUGCAAAUAUUUGUGCACACAUGACAACUCUUUAUGUUCAGUCUGAUGACUCUGGUUGCCACUUUCGGGAAAAUAUACAUGUGCACAAAGUGGUAACUGAGCAGAUGAUAUACAACUUUAUAAAAUGUGCACACCAUUUGUACACAAAUAAUUUAAAUCUUAAGGAAGAAGUCCACCUGCCUGAGACAUUUUAGUAUGGCUUAAUUAGGGCUUUUCACCAUGAUUGAGCCUGAUAGCAGUUAAACAUUUAAAGUAGACAAGUAGUGCUAAAGUAUGCUUAGUGAAAUGAAGGCUGGGGGUGCACAGAGAGGAAUUAAGUUGUUUCUCAUUGGACUGUGUGGCGAUCCAGUAUAGAAACACCCUCAAUAUUCAGUCUAAAGCAGUAAAAGAAAUACAACCUUAAAGAAGCACUAUGUAACUUUCUGAACUUGUGUAAAUUAUGUAUUUCUAACUCUUUUUCAUGGCAAAGUGACCUUUAUUAUGUACAUUUCUGUUGCCCAGCGUCAUCCCAGGGCAGAGAAAGUGCACUUCACAACUUUAGGUUCCAGCCUUCAACCACAUGUUACAGUUACAGGAGUUUUGCUUUAUGCACCGCAACACACGCCAGCAACUGGAUAUCAAAAUACUGGCAGUUUUGAACACACACUGUAGCUGAUUCAUCAAAAAAGGCAACAAGACAUUGUCAGAGGAAAAGAGGAAAAGAAAGAGAGAAGGGGACAAAGCAAGUAAGACAUCUCAACAUAAGUUUGACUUUUACUCGCUGAAGAGAGCUCAGAGUACAGGUAGGAUUCAAGAUGGAUGGCAAAAUACUGUAGCUACCAUUAGUGGGUGCAUCAAAAAGAAAAGCUGCCAAAGUUGCAUAGUACUUCUUUAAACAAAAGUAUUGUAUGAACUAAACUGUCCACUAGUUCUUAGAACUUACGUAGAACCAAAUGAUGUGCUCAUUUUAUUACAUUAUUAGUAAUGUUUAAAUUGAUACCUGAAAGUUUUAUUGUUUGGGUUGAAUACUGUAGAUAGACAGUUGUAUGUCAUUUAGCACAGCUGUGCACUGAAACUUUGUUUUUAUUUUAUAUUAAUUAUUUGCUUAUUUCACAGCCAGAGACAUUGCAAAAACAAAUGGAAAACAAAACAAAAAACAAACAAACAAACAAAAACAGCCUUUGACUGUUUUUUGUCUGACGUCAAAACAAAAAUAUUUAGAAGUUGAAGUGCUUAAAACCGGGAAAUUGCAACAUAAUUAUAGCUGGGCUGAACCCUCAUUUAACAAACAUCAAAUUCACAUGCUAAUAGUGGUAAGUUUAGUUCUUUCCAGCCAAGUCUCGUGGAAAAUGUGAAAUAGUCACACAGCAUAAUAUUAUGUGUUUAUUCAUGCUGAUGAUGGGAAAAACUCCGUUUUUUUCAUG